GGGCUGAUCUUCUCUCGUUCUUCAUACAUAUCUAUGAUUAUCAUAAUAUCUAUUUUAGAACCAGUGAAGUUUAACACUAAAAAAGUAGAAAGUUUAUCUUAAUGUUUCGACUGUAACUGAUCCAACUCACUCUUGUUAAAGUCCCACUUUGAUAACGCUCUUACUAAUAAGAAACGAGGAUGGCCCCUUCCCUGCUUUUGGCAUUUUCUCAAGUGGUUAGGUGAACCUAGUGCAUUAAGGUCAACGCACCUUAUGGAUCUCCCAAGUCUCCGUUCUCAUCACAACCUAAUUCUGUUGAAUCAGUAAUAAUAACUGAUAGCUACGUUAAGAGGAGAACCUGAGAUAGUUUAUGCUGCAACUUGCUUACAAAUGCCACCGAGUCAAGCGAUUAAUGUUGAAAAAGUAUGCAAAACUAUUUAUAGAGAAAAUGUAUCGAGAAUUAUACCAACAUUAUCCUCCGCUCUUCUCUUCGUCGUUGGUUCUGAAUGAGGAUUUGCGGGCUUUCGGCAUGGAUACCGGUUUUGGUGAUCAUGGCAGUGCUCUCCUUAUUCGCACUCGUCAGUAUCAACGUGGAGAAGCUCUUCUUCAGCUCUAAGCCGAUACCGUCCUCAGAUAGCUCAAACCAUGAUCAGCUCAUUCCUAAUCAAAGGUAUGUUGAAAGAAAGGGAAGAGUAAGGGGAGAUGAUUCUGAUGAAAUAGGGAGAAGGGCUCUUAUUGAGGUGAACAUGACACCUGCAACAAGCAAUUACAGGAGCAACCUUAGUUGGACAGUGGUGAAAAGUGACUUCACCUUUGCUGUUGGCAAGGCUCCCUUCAACAGUUGCCAUGCUUCCACAAUAGUUGAGAUUGAGAAGGACCAUCUUUUGGUGGCAUACUUCGGUGGUUCACGGGAAGGAGCCCCUGAUGUUAAAAUUUGGCUACAAAGAUUCAAGGAUGGGUAUUGGCACCCCCCUUGGGUCGUCGAUGAAGAACGGAAUGUUCCGAUGUGGAACCCAGUAUUGGUUAUGCUCCCUAGUAAAGAGUUGCUUCUCUUCUACAAGAUUGGUUUGGAGGUGCAAAAAUGGAGCGGCUUUAUGAAACGAUCGGUCGACAGUGGAGCGACUUGGCUACGCCGAGAACAACUUCCUCCUGGAAUUCUCGGUCCUACAAAGAACAAGCCUCUCUUGCUGAGUGAUGGCCGCAUCCUCUGCGGUUCUUCCAUCGAAAGCUGGAAUUCAUGGGGAGCAUGGAUGGAUGUCACACAAGACUUUGGCUACACUUGGAAGAAGUUUGGCCCCAUAUACAUUCAAAAUGAACCACUUGGUGUGAUACAACCCUUCCCCUAUCAAACCAAGAACGGAACGAUUCGAGUUCUAAUGCGGUCGUUUCUCACCGCCGGCAGAAUCUACAUGUCAGAAUCUACCGACGGAGGUCUCACCUGGAGUUUCGCGAGACCGACACAGCUACCGAAUCCUAAUUCAGGUAUUGAUGGAGUUGAAAUGAAGGAUGGUGGACUAAUCGUUGCGCACAAUACGAACACGAGGGGCGAACUUAAGUUAGCAUUCUCCGACGAUGAUGGCGAUUCUUGGAAAGAGGUGAUAACACUGGAGAAGAAUUAUUCGAUGGAAUUCUCGUACCCCGCUGUGAUCAUGUCUAUGGAUGGACUCAUCCAUAUCACAUACACCUACAAUAGGACACAGAUCAAGCAUGUAGUUAUCCGGCCCGGGUGACCAUUAUUUCUGAAGCCUUAUAAGCAGAAGAGUUCUUUUUUUGCCCCCUUUUUGGUAAAAGAUCAGGAGAAAGGGUAUUGAUGUAUUAUUGUAUAUAAACAGCAAACAACCAACGUACUCUGCAGUAAUAAGUACAUAUAUAUGCAACUUACUUGAA